AUGUGCGGGAUAUUUUCGUAUGCAAACUUCUCCGUGGAAAAAACUAAGGACGAAAUAGCCAAUAUCAUGAUAAAUGGUCUGAAGCGGAUAGAAUACCGGGGAUAUGAUUCCGCAGGAUUCUGCAUCACUGACGACACAGAUAAGAACUUUAUCAAGAUCAGGGCUGUCGGGAAAGUAGACACACUCUAUAAGAUGAAGGAUUCCCAGACCUCUGCAGACCUUACGAAAAAGGUGCAUAACCAUGUUAGCAUUGCACACACGAGAUGGGCUACACAUGGGCAGCCUAGCGUUGAGAACAGCCACCCACUGAGUAGUGAUAAGGACAACAACUUCCUUGUUGUGCACAAUGGGAUUAUUACAAACUAUAAGGACCUCAAGACGUACCUCAGUAAGAAAGGAUUUUCAUUUGAGUCUGAAACAGAUACAGAGUGUGCAGCAAAGCUUGCACUCCACUUCUACAGAGAGAUGGAAAAAAAUGGAGAAAAGCCAGACUUUGUGGCCAUUGUGAAAAAGGUUGCAAGGCACUGCGAAGGGGCAUUUGCCUUUGUAUUUGCAUCUCCCUUGUUCCCAAAUGAGCUUGUCACAAUCAGGAAAUCGUCUCCUGUCCUCAUAGGCCUCAAGCCAUCAGGAGGAAUGUCCUUUGACUUUUUCGGCGUCAAUUACGAGGAUUCUAUGGACGAGCCUGCUUCCCCUCAGAACUCCCCGCAGCUCUCUUCUAAGCCCCAAAGACAUGGGUUUGACCAAAACAUUGAGACCAUAGCACGAGGCGUGGAAGACUGUUCUCUGCGUGUACAUAACAAAGAGCCUCUAGAGGUUUUCGUUGCAUCGGACGCUUCUGCUCUUAUAGAACACACAAGAAAGGUUAUCUAUCUUGAGGACAAUGACAUAGCCCAUAUAUCCAAUGGCAAUAUAUUCAUACAUAGGUUGUAUUCAAGGAAGAAGGACACAGGGCCAGACACAAGGGAGGUCAAAACAAUUGAAACAGAGCUGGCAGCAAUCAUGAAGGGGAGCUACGAUCAUUACAUGCUUAAGGAAAUAAACGAGCAGAAAGAAUCUGUGGUUAACACAAUGAGGGGAAGAAUCAACUUCGAAGACUUUACGGUUAGUCUUGGAGGGCUCAAGGGCUACAUCAAUGACAUAAGAAAGUCACAAAGAAUAAUAUUUGUAGCAUGCGGAACUAGUUACCAUGCCAGUCUUGCAAACAGGCCACUUCUUGAGGAGCUCCUUGAGAUUCCUGUGAGUGUUGAAAUAGCCAGCGACUUCCUGGACAGGAAUCCCCCUAUACUGAGAAGUGACUGUGUGUUCUUUGUGUCUCAAAGUGGUGAAACAGCAGACAGCGUCAUGGUGUUGAGAUAUUGCCUGUCUAGAGGAGCACUUUGUGUUGGCAUAACAAACACCGUUGGAAGCACCAUCUCGAGAGAAACGACGUGUGGUGUCCACAUAAAUGCAGGGCCAGAGAUAGGUGUGGCAAGCACUAAGGCAUACACAAGCCAAUACAUUGCAAUAGUGCUGGUUGCUCUCCAGCUGAGUGAACAGAACCUUAUAAAGCAGGAGAGAAGAAGAGAAAUCAUGGAGGGACUUAGAAACCUAAGUACUCAAAUAGGCAAGACUCUGGAGAUGGGAGAUACUAUAAAAAGCCUGGCGAAUGGCCCCAUAAAGGAUGAUGUGAAUCUUUUGCUUAUAGGAAGAGGCUACCAAUAUCCAACAUGCCUGGAGGGUGCGCUCAAAAUCAAGGAAAUCACCUACAUUCACUCCGAAGGGCUUGCCUCAGGAGAGCUAAAGCAUGGCCCCAUAGCUCUUGUUGAUGAAAAGCUCAAAAUUAUCUUCGUUAUAACAAAGGAUUCGCUGUAUGACAAGGCUAGAAAUGCAAUGGAGCAGAUAUCUGCAAGAGGAGGGAGCCCUAUCAUUAUAUGCACCGAAGACAUUUCGGGAGAAUAUGAAGGUCAUGAUGUUUUCACUGUUCCAAAGACAGUGGAUUGCCUUCAAGGAAUCUUAUGCAUUAUUCCCUUGCAGUUAUUGUCCUAUUAUCUUGCCACAGCAAGGGGAUACAACCCUGACUUCCCAAGAAACCUUGCAAAAUCAGUAACUGUUGAAUAA